AUGUGGUUCGACACACCUUCAUCCAUAGAGCCGUCUACCGAUGCCGUCAACCUUUCCUCGGGCAUCGAAGAGUCCGUCACGCACAUUCUCCAAGUCCUACGAGACGAGACGGAGCGGCUAGGUGGCCGUGCUGAGAACAUCGUCCUUGGCGGCAUCAGCCAAGGCGGCGCUGUCGCCAUGUGGGCCUUGCUUGCGCUUCUCGCCGCAAACGGCACCGAGGACCGAUCCCUGGGGGUCGUGGGGAUGAGCACAUGGCUGCCAUUUGCGCCCGAGGUGCAAAGCUCCCUGGAUCGCGACAUUCCCUGCACCCAGAGUCCCGAUGGGUUCAUCCGCAGAACCCUAAGUUCUCUACGAAAACGGACCGAAGAGGGGUCUUGUGCAGCAUACCUGCUUUUAUGGGUCACGGUACGGACGAUGCCUACGUAG